AAAUAUGCGUGGGGGUCGCCCUUUCCGUCGUGGUCGUGGAGGUCCUCCAAUGAGAGGUGGUAUGAUGCGUGGUGGAAUGAUGGGAUUUAAACCUUCACCACCGUUCAGGGCAUUUAUUCCACACAUUCCAUUUGAUAUGACACAGUGUGAGACCAACUUCCCUCAGGCCAGAACAGUACAAGAUGAAAAACCUCUCACAGAUGCGUUAUUGAAGCGUAACGGUGACCUCACUCCAUCAACCAAUGAACAGGCAGCAAUCUUAGCUCUCGUAUCAAAGAUAAACACAGUAUUAGACAGUCUCACAAUUACUCCAGGAAACUUUGACGCAGCACAAAUAGAGGAGGUGAGACAAGUUGGACCAUUUAAGAAAGGAACAAUGAUGGCUGGCAAUAAUGUAGCUGAUAUUGUUGUCAUGUUGAAAACUUUACCCACAAAAGAAGCAGUUACUGCCCUUGGAAAUAAAGUUGUAGAAGAUUUAAGAACAUCAGAACCAAGAGAAAUAUUAUCAAUGUUGACAAGUGAGACAGGGUUUGAGAUAAGUUCAUCUGACGCCACAGUACGAUGCCUUAUUACAACUAUACCACCAAAUUUGAAGAAACUAGAUCCAGAUCUACAUUUGGACGGUAAAAUCAUGAAUAGUCAUCUAGCCGCCAUACGUCACGCUCGCUGGUUCGAGGAAAACGCAUCUCAUUCAAGCAUAAAAGUUUUAAACAGAUUACUACAAGAUUUAAAGAACAGAUUUGAAGGAUUCUCUCCACUUACACCAUGGAUUAUUGAUCUCCUAUCACAUUACGCAAUCAUGAACAAUCCAACACGGCAGCCACUUGCAAUAAAUAUAGCCUUCAAAAGGUGUUUACAGAUUUUAGCAGCUGGUUUUUUCCUGCCAGGGUCAGUUGGUAUUACAGAUCCCUGUGAACAGGGCACAGUACGAGUACAUACAGUUAUGACCCUUGAACAACAGGAUCAAGUUUGUUACACAGCACAGACAUUACUGAGGGUACUCAGCCAUGGUGGCUUUAAACAGAUUCUUGGAAUGGAAGGAAAUGCUACUAUAGCUACAGAAAUGAGUGUUUGGGAAGGUGUAGUAGUGACGCCGUCAGACAAAGCGUACGAGAAACAAGAACGUCACGAAGAAGACGACGAGGAAGAAGAUGAAGAAGACAUGGAGACCGAGGCGAAAUGAGAAAACGUUAAAUCUGGUGAAUUAAAGAGGCAGUAAAUCACAGGGGAUGUCAUGAGAACUGUCCAUCUGUCAUGGAGUAUGAUAUACUAAAAUAGCCAUUGAUAAAUUGGAGGGAUUCUUUCAUUUGACGUGAUAUGAUUUUAGCAUUUGUGAAGUGUCAUGAAAUAUAUAACUAAAUAUCUAUAUCUUGGAAACUAUUGUAAAUUCAAGUGUUUACGGAGAAAAAAAUGUAUUUUACUUCAGUGUUGCAUUGUUGAAGGAUUUUCUUUUAUGUAUAAGCUUAAUAGUAAUUAUAAUAGAAUUAAUUCAAAAUGGAUUUUACAAAUAUGAUUUUGUUACUUGAAUUGUGUUCUUGGAUUUUUGUUCUUAUCAAUGCACCUGUUUUGUUAGAAAAUCUGCCGUGGUAUCAAAAAUUGUACAGAAUAGUGAUUUUUAUCAAGGUUUAUAUAUGUUGUAAUGUGAUUUAAUGAAUUUUGAAACAAAGAAACUGUUUGCUUAAUGCUUAUAUGAUUAUUUGAAAGUCUGAUAUUUUGAAACUGAAUUUUUAGAUAGUGUGAAGAUAAGAUUGAGGAAAUAUACAACGAUCAUCUUGUAUUCUUAUUCAAGUAAAAUGUCCACCUGAAUUGUAUAAGAAAAGAGAAUAAAAUGUUCCCCAACAAAAUAAUAAUUGUUAAAAAAAAGGUUUUGUCUUUUAUUAUUUUGAUUUUUCUUUAUUAGGAAGGCAUGCAUUUAAGAUAUGCUUAAUUCGAUUGAGAUAAAAUUAUUUCAUUGUCACAUGUUCCUUCUUAAGUAAGAAAUAAUUUUUUCUCUAUUUUUGGUGUUUUUAUUGUAUUUUGUUACUUAAUUUGUCGGUCAAUACAGAAAAUUCAUGCAUGAAAAUGAAUAUUUGUGAAAGAAAAUGUGUUUAAUGUAAUAAAAAAUGUAAAGAAAUCUUAAAAACAA